AUGUCCCUGAUUGCAAAACUGAUUCUGAUGAAAAACUUUAAGAAGAAGGAAGGAGAAGAAGAACAUCUGUUCACUCAACAGUUAGUCAUCCAGGAUUUCAUUAUUGUUAGUAUUUGCUGUAAACCCUGGAUCUCUUACCCUGUGUCUUUAUUGUCUCUCUCCUCAGUGUGUGGACAGCCAAAGCUCAACACCAGGAUUGUUGGAGGACAGGUGGCCUCUGCAGGCAGCUGGCCCUGGCAGGCCAGUCUGCGAAACUCUGGGUCCCACUUCUGUGGAGGAUCCCUCAUUAACAAUCAAUGGGUGCUGACUGCUGCUCACUGCUUCUACAGCACAGGCAUAACCACACGCACUCUGACUGUGUCUCUGGGUCGCCAGACUCUACAGGGAUUGAACCCCAAUGAAGUGUCUCGGACUGUGUCACAGAUCAUCAUUCAUCCCAACUAUAACUCCAACACUAAUAACAACGACCUCUGCCUCCUGAAGCUCUCCUCACCGGUGACUUUCACCACCUACAUCCAGCCCGUCUGCCUGGCAGCCCCAGGCAGCACCUUCUACAGCGGCACUGCAGCCUGGGUCACCGGCUGGGGCACCAUUGGAAGUGGAGUGUCCCUUCCACCCCCAGGAAACCUAAUGGAGGUGCAAUUGCCGAUUGUGGGGAACAGAAAGUGUAACUGUAACUAUGGAGUGGGCUUGAUCACAAGCAACAUGAUGUGCGCCGGGUUAAGUGCUGGAGGGAAGGACUCCUGUCAGGGGGAUUCAGGAGGUCCACUGGUGAGCAAGCAGGGCGGUCGCUGGAUCCAGGGGGGAAUCGUGAGUUUUGGAAGAGACUGUGCCGAGCCUAAUUUCCCGGGAAUCUACUCCAGAGUCUCCCAGUAUCAGUCCUGGAUCAACAGCCAGAUCACCAGCAACCAGCCAGGCUUCCUCACCUUCAGGUCCUCUGGGACUGACAGUGACCUCAGCGUCACCUGUCCAGGCCUGCCACCAAAAGCCACAGGCUAAGUUAGUGCCUGCCAUGUCCAGACUUAAUUAGACAGAACUUACUUGGUCUAAUAAAUUUCUAGUAUUUUUGUUGUUGGUAUGUGUUGCUAAUUUGACCACAGAGCCCUAAAUAUCAAUAAAUGACGCAAAAGGGGUACCCAGGACGUUAAAAGGUGAUGGCAAAGGGCGUUAACCAAGCAUCAAUAUGUGACGAGUCGGGGGUGAGAAUGUGUUCUUCCCUCAGGCAUACCACAUUUA